AUGUUUUUUAAGACUAAGGAAGAUCCGCAAGCACCUAUAAGUGAGGAAGAGUUUGACCACCUUAUGCAGGUGGCCAGAGCUCAGCAAAAAGUGGAGCAUGAUCUUACAAGGUGGCAAGCAACCAAGGCUUACACUUGGACAGUGUACUUCAUGUUUGUUUGUGUGUGGUCGAUGGUCCUCGUCGGCUACGAAAAUCAAGCCGGAGGUAUGGUUGUUAGCAUUCCGCAAUUCAGGGAAGACUUUGGCUUUUAUUAUGAAGGAGACUAUGUUUUGGAAGCCAAAUGGCAGUCUGCCAUAACCGGUGCUCCUACUGGCGCCCUUGCAGUGGGCUUCAUGUUGGGCUCAUUUUUUGCUGAUAGGGUUGGUAGAAGAAACACUUUAUUUUGUGCUGUCUUGCUCACCGUGCCAUUCAUUACACUUGAAUAUAUUGCAACUUCCAUUCAAGUGUUUUUCCUGGGAAAGUUUUUCAACAGCUUCUGUUUGGGAAUCAUUUCUUCUUGUUGUUCAGUUUAUGUUUCUGAAUGUGCACCUCUUGCCUUAAGAGGAUUUUUUGCUGCAACACUCGCCCUUGCUCUCUGUAUUGGUCCAUUCAUCUGUGUUCUCAUUAAUAACACAACAAGUACUUACACUACACGAAUGGCUUACAGAGGAAUUUUCAUUCCCCAAUGGAUCUUUUCCAUUACUGCAAUGGCUAUGAUUACAACUAUUCCAGAAUCAGCUUACUGGUUCCUUUCCAAAGGUAAACGUCAACAGGCUCUUAAGUCCUUGAAAAAGAUGUAUCGAGAGGAAAGUGUUAUACAAAAACAAUACGCCAUGAUGUACGUGACCGUCAUGGAGGCUAGCGAGAUAUCGGCUAAAGCGGGCACUUAUGUGGACUGUUUCAAGGCUAAAGACUUGCGUCGUACUCUGCUUGUCAUCUUUCCCCUAUUCAUGCAGGCAAUGAGUGGUGUUUCUUAUGUGACCAGUUACUCAACCUAUUACUAUCAAUACGCGGGAUAUGGUACCCAAAAAUCUUUCCAAAUAUCAUGUGGUGCGCAGGCUCUAUCUAUUUCAGGGGUCAUUAGUUCCUGGUUCAUUAUCGACCGAUUUGGUCGUCGACCAUUAAUGAUCGGGGGCAUGAUUGCCAUAACCAUUCUAAACCUUUUGAUUGCCAGCACGGGUAUCGACAAAAGCAAUAUACCGGCAAUGAAAACAUCUUCAGGAUUUAUGGCAAUGUACAACUACGUGUACAACAUUGCGUUGGGAGCGGUUCCUUACAUUUUGGCGUCUGAGGUGUCGUCCGUUUUCUUGAGAGCAAAGACGUAUGCGCUUGCAAACCUAACAAACAAUGCUUUGCAAUGCAUGUGGCAGUUUGUGCUUCCGUAUAUGUUUAACGCAAACGAGGCAAACAUGGGAUCAAAAAUCAAUUUCAUAUUCACAGGGUGCUCAUUCCUUUCGAUCUUUGUGUUCUACUUUUACCUUCCGGAAACCGCGGGGCGCUCCUUUGAGGAGAUCGACGAGAUGUUUGCUCUGAAGAUUCCUGCGCGCCAGUGGAAACACUGGCAAACAAAAAAACAGGAGGAGUCUGACCAGUACUUGAAAGAGCUGAAAAUCGUCGAGUCUCACGAUGAGCUUCCGAAAACGAUUGUGUAG